CCUGUGAAUGCAAUGUAUCUUUACGUUCUCCUUCUUUGCACUGUGAUACAAUUUUCAUACGGUUUACCUUACCCUCAAGGAUGCCACCAUGGCGGGGAGUCAUACAAGGACGGGAGCGAUGUGGCGAUGGUUGAUCCAUGUGUGAAGUGUCGGUGUGUGCGAGGUGUGCUGGUGUGCCGCCUGAGGGUGUGCAACCCCCAGCCACACCCGCCUCCACCCGGCUGUCUCGUGCUUACCCGACGUUCUGAGUGUUGCCAGAGACUCGUCUGCAACCAAGUUUCAGAACCUACGGAAUCCAACCUGAGGAGGCUGUCUGAUGACCUGAUAGACGACCGACGUCCCCCAACAGGAUGUAUGGUGAAUGGAUCCUUGUAUGCAGAAGGGUCGGCCAUGGACUCCUCGACCAAAUGCCUGUACUGCUACUGUAUCAGGGGCCAACAGCACUGCGUGAAGCCCCAGUGUCUACUGUCAGAGACCAACUGUACACCCACGUACACCACGGACUCUUGCUGCCCGUCGAAGUAUACUUGUAGUGGGACCAAAAAUGACUCUACCACUACUACCUCAAAACCAUCUGCAUCAGCAGGCUGCCAAGUAGAUGGCAGACACUACCCAGAGGGAGGGCUGGUCCCCAGCCAGGGAGGGAACUGCCAGAGCUGCUACUGUCUCCAGGGACGGUUGCACUGUGAACCGGUUGUCUGCUCUGUACCGGUUAACCGCCACUGUGUUCCAGUGAUCACUGCAGGCCAUUGUUGCCCCACCAAGUUACAACUGUAUGAACUGGCGCAUAUGCUGUGGUUAGUGCAGAUUCUGUUGAGUGAUGUCCAAAACUUAAGGGGCUGUGCAAAGGUGGGUGAUGAUGCAUCAUCUUCAGAAGCAGAUCUGUUCGACGAUGAAACACAGGUGGAUCUAGUUGCUAUGAAUACACAAGUGAUUGACGUCAAUCAUCUAUACCUUAAUUCAGAGCGAUCGAUCACGGGAAGCGUGAAACAUGUGGAAAACAUUGAUACCUCGAUUAUCACUACGCAAACAUCGAUGGAAGACACAACAUCAGUUAGUGGAGAGACUACAACUACACAGGACACAACGACAACUGAGAGAGAUGAAACUACAACUAUGGAGGAAGAUGGAAUGAGAGAGACCACAGAGGUAACUACUGACACGUUGUCGACAACGGGGGUUGAAGACACCACACUUCCCUCCACAACCUUGGUCACUGGAUUCACCGACACAGAAGAGAGAUUAAUUGCAAGAGUGGAAGAUCUCACAACAACCAGCAGAGCUGAAGAGUUGACUACGAUGGUAAAUACCACUCCAAAUGAUACCACCACGACUACAAUGGUAACACCCGAAAUCAAUGGUAAAAACACCUCAAGUUCCUCAGGCCCUAACAAAUCGUUACCGACAGAAAUAGAGGCAAUCCUCAACAAAACCAAAUUGGUAAACAAAGACGAGGAUUAUGAUUAUGACUAUAAUGAGCCUUCCCUGCCUCCUUCGCUUCCUAACCUGAGAAUCAUUCCGUUUGUAGCAGCAGAUGCGGUGGUGGAUGACCGUCAAGAGCCGGUGUUCUCAGCGGUGCUGGAAAAGUCUCACUCUACAGACGAGCCUCAUUUCUUCGAGGGCGGGUUCUCACCACCGGCAGAAACCGAGGGUGGCUUUGUUCCCAAGGAACCACUUCUAGAUGGCCCAUUCUAUGAGUCAAAGUUUGAUAGUAAUUACCACAACAACGGUGUUCUACCCUUAGAUCUGCCUCCAGGUACUCUCUCCCCUCUUCCGGCCAUCACAGAGGCACCAAAGACUCCUCAGGAAGAAAAGUGCCUGAAUGGAGGGCAGAGCUACAGGCAUGGGGAGCUGCUGACAGAGCUGUCAGCUUGUGAUCUCUGCGUGUGUUACUACGGCAAGAUCAUUUGUCAAGAGCCCAAGUGUCCUGUGCCUGAUCCUGGAUGUCGCUUGCUCCGGGAGCGGGAUCACAGUACUUGCUGUCGCAAGAUUGUCUGUCACAAUGAAAAUGCAGAAUCACCUACAAGGGUGGUGGAUCACAUCACUCCUGCACCUCACCUGCCUCCAUUCACAGUUGCCGACGUGAUAGUGACACCUGAUCCCUUCCGGGACGUGAUCAGAACUGAGCCAGCCCCUGAUCUCUCUUCACUCAUUGGUGAAAUCAUGCCGUUCUUCUGGGAGCAAUCGACGACCUCUCCUACACCUGUCUCCAUUGCUGCUGCUGAGACCCCAGGAUCACCAGAGACAAAUACAGCAGCGGUUUUUCUCGUCUACAGCAUCAAUAGUUACCUCCACCAGACCACAGGCAGCCUCUGUUCUGUUGAUUCUACUGUAGUAACCACCCCCACUACUCCACUGACAUCGAUUUCUUCAUCUACGCAUGUUGAAUUCGAUGACCUGUCACACACUAAAAACGAAACGGUAUCAAUACCACUCGAUGAAAACGACAAUAAAGAGAUAAAUGAGGAAGGACCGGCAGAAGAAGAGUUUUCGUUUGAGUCUGUUUUGAGUAUUUUGUUUGGGAGUGAGACAACAACUGAAAAGCAAGUGUUGAAGACCAAAAAACCAUCACUAUAUAACAAACUGAACGAUACUCGAUUAUCAAGUGUAAAAACCAACAAAACACAAGCUGUAAAAGUUGGCUUCAACCAAAAGUUAGAGCACAGAAGCGAUGAAGAUGUAAACGACCUAACGAACCCAUUUAAUAGUUCUCACGAACAAGAUAACAUCUGGCAAUCUGGCACAACCAGUAACAAGACUUUGGAAGUGAACAAAUCAACGGAGUUUGGAACAACUGAAACAAAUCCAAUCACAAAGAGCCCAACUGAAAAAAACAUUCUCCACACGACUAUUAGAAAUUUUAUAGACAAAGUCACCACAAAACGUUAUGGCACCAAAUACAGUAGUGCUCAUUUAAAACCGUUUCCUACAAAAUCAACGCCUGUCGCAACCUUACCCCUGUCAGUACCUGAUCCAGGAGCGGCCUCAGGACUUCUGAAACUGGCAGGAUGCAACAUUUAUGGUCGGAUGUACCGAGUGGGCCGGAUCAUCUCGGAACUAUCCGGACCGUGCCUUGAGUGUAUGUGCACUGAAGUAGGAGUCCAGUGUCGGCCACUUAAGUGCUGACACUUAAAUGAACACUGAUGAGUCUGAUCACUUGAUUUAUGAUCAUUAUAUGUUCAAAUGAUGCACAAUUUUAAAAUCGUAUUAUCCUAAUGGCCUUUCACAAUAUGACGUGGGUAAUACUUUACUGUUUAAUAUUUAGAAGACAUUUUUUAUUUAUUUAAAGAGACAUGAUAUUAUUUAAGGAAUUGUUUUUUGAGGCUAACAUCCGUAUAUAUGAAGAGAAACACAAAUGUGUACAUUUUAAAUUUCUGCUCCACCAUUUGACUCACAUUCGUGGUGUUCUUCACACACUGCUCCGUUAUACUUGAUUUUUUAAAAUUAAAAAUAUCAAGUUAUAUGGAAACAGGUGAAAUUGCAAUUUUUUUUUCCAAGAAUCAUUUGUUGAAUACUUAAUCGUUUUAUGGUUUUCUACGGCAGUGGUAUUUUCAUCAGUUAUACUAAACGUUUUCGAAGAAAAUGGUCCAAACUCAUUUUCAAAUUUGUAUUGACCUCUCCGGGAAUUGAACCUGUUGCCUCUCAUUUAGAGAGCCACAGUUUCACCCCAGUUCUACGAUGAAGGUCGUGUUGUCUACCUGUGUUAACAGACUUGGUACAAACAAAUAUGUUUGCCUUUUUGUGAGUCUUGUAACCAAGAGCCAGUAUAGAAUAGGCUUAAAAGGCUUAAAUAAGAAUCACACCACAAAAUGACUGGUUCACAUUUCAGUGUGCACUUCAUAAAUUUUCUGUUAUAGCCUACCAUUGUUUAAAUUGAAUUGUAUUGUUACGACUUUCACCUCUCCAAAUUUAAAAACUUUACUUUGUGAUCCAAUUACUGUACUUCAUAGAUGUUUUUCAAGUGAUCAUGGGAUAAGUGCAUGAAACUGAAGUGACAAUAUGUUCUGAAGGAUUGUGUAUUAUUUUUAUAAACUACAAAAUUAUAGGGAUAUAAUAAAGCGAAGGGUUUAUUUGAACUCAUUCAAUUCAACAGAAAACCCUAACGAAUUUCUAUAGUAAACAAUUACUGACCGUUUAUCUUUCUUGGUUUGUGAAUUAAUUUUCUAAAAACUCGCUUAAAUAAUAGUACUUUUUCGGGCUAUACAUAAUUUUUCCACUAUUGACGAUUUCUUAAACUUCAGUGCACAUACAUCCACGUAUUUUUCAUGGUUUUCACAGGAAAUUCUAGUCCUGACGAAAUAGUGAAGAGGGUAUAUAUGAACACUUACGUUUACUAACCUUAUUUUAACAAAUGUAUUAAUGUCCCCAACUUUUAAAAUAUUUAAACCGAGUGACAAUUCAUACAUUUAUAAAAAGUGUUAAUAUUAAAUUUAAACUUUGAAUAUGUUUACAUGAAAGAAAUGGAAAUAAUGGACACAUGAUUGAAGAUGCAUAUUUAUCAUCUAUACCUCAGUCUUUCAAAUCAUAAGUAUAUAUUUACUUUUUAUUAUUAGGAAUCAGCUAAUUUAGUUUUUAAAUUUAUUUAUUGUACAUAGUCUUAGUAAAAUAGAUCUGUAAAUUAGAAAGUCAUAUGUUAUAAAACAUGAUUUAUUUUUUAAACCAAUUUUCUCUCAUAUUAUUGAUUAUAAUAA